GCGGCGCCGGAGGUGCAGCUCGAGUUCGGGCUGCCGUGGAGCUGGGCCGCGGGGCUGCUCGCGCUCUCAGGCCUGGCGGGCGCCUGCGGCGCGGAGGCCCCGAGCUGCGCGUGGGUGUACGUCUUCUACAAUGGGGAGGGCGAGCUGUGGCACCAGAGGCGGCGCGUCGCGAGCUCAAGGGUGUCUUGGGCGACUAACUACAUCCUGACCCCGGACGGGGAUUGCUACCCGGAGAAGUACGACUUGGAGGAGCAGAACAUCUCGGCGGUGAGGUACGCUGAGGCGCGCUGGCCGCCCCCGCCGGGGCUGGCGCGAGGCAACGUGCACAGGUUUCGCGCGGCGCCGUCCCAGCAGGAGCUCGACGACGCCGCGGAUCAGGCUGAAGCGAUGGAGCGGACGGAGCAUCGGGCUCGCGAGACGGCCGCCGGGCGCGACCCCACCGUGGUGCCGCCGGGGGGCUACAUCGAGCGCUUGCCCUGUGCUCAGGGCGCCGGCGCCGCGGGCCCCCCGGCCGCUCCGGCAUGGGGAGCCGCCGUGGGUGCGGCGCCCGCCGCCGCUGUUGCGGGGGCUGCCGCCGCCGCGGGAGGCGACCAGACCGUGGUGUGGGUGGUGGUGGAGACGACCGAGCGUCAUCGGCGCGGCGAGGAGCUGGCGCUGCCCGCUGGCGCCGUGGUGCUUGGAGAGAGAGCGCUCGCCACCACGCCUCGUGGGUCGUCCCUCUGCCUUCGUCAGCUGAAGCGAUGCGAGGUGGUGGGCCGGGUCGGAGCCGAGGCCGCCAGCGACGCGAGGUACUUCAUCGUGCUCCACGGGCUCGAGACGGGCGACUGGGGCGUGGAGGCGCACCGCAUGUGCCUCAAGGCGGUGGAGGACGCGGCCACCUACGACCACCUGGAGCUCUGCAACCUCGCGAGCUUCGAGGGCCUGUUCCGGCAGGCCCAGCUGGUGGAGCACGUGUACGAGCAGGAGCGGGUCGCCAAGCUGACGAGCAACAACAUGGGCAAGAAGGGCGCUGGCAAGGGCGGCGGCUUGCUCGACGAGGCCCUGGUGUUCACUGGUCAGCACUGGGACGCUGGGGCCGUCAUGCUGGCGCCGGAGUUGAUGGACUUCGCAUCGCGCGAGGUCGAGAGGGAUGCGAACAUCAUGAAGCAGGUGCGGAAGGCGCGGGAAGAGCGCCGGGCCCUGAACAAGAAGAAGGACGGAGUCUCCGGGACCAUCGCCACCCUCAAUGAGCUGCACGGGGGAUCAAACCACCCGAGCGGCUCGAAUUUGCAGCCCAGCGCGGCGCAGUUGGCGUGGCUGGAGCGGAUCGAGCAGGCGCAUCGCGACCUCGGUACGCCCCCGGCCGACUUGCAUGGACAGGGAGCCCUGGAGGAGCUCCUGUCGAAGCAGAGCUACGGCGGUUCCGCCGGAGCUGUUGCGCCCCUCGAGGUGGAGCGGGUGGCCUUGCCCAGUCUCCAGCGCCGACCUGCUCGCAUCCAGGAUGUUGGCGGCUCGGCGGGCGCGAAGGUUCUCGAGGUUCUCAAGAGUUUGGUUCGGACGUCCGAAGAGGGCGAAGCAGAGGAGGAGCGACAGCAGCUGCGGCGCGCCUACAACGACCCGCUGAUCAGACAGAAGCCGAAGGAGUAUGCUAAGCUCCUGCGGAUGCUGCACGAGCGGGGCAUCGUCGAAUAUCGGCGCAGCUGCAAAAAGAGUGUGGGCACAUUUUGUGUCUGGAAGAAGGGGGGCGAGCAGCGUCUUAUACUGGAUUGCCGCGUGAGCAAUUGCUGGUUUAAGGACGCCCCUGGAGUGAGCUUGGCUACUGGAGACAGUUCUGGUCGGCUAGAGUUCGAGGGGAACGAGCCGGUGCACGUGUCGGGAGUCGACAUCGAGGUCGCCUUCUACUCCAUCGGCCUCCCCGAGGAGCUGCGGGAGUACUUCGGGAUGGAGCCUGUCUGCGCCGGCGCCGUCGGCGUGGGCUGGCUUGGCGGAGUGCGGCUGCAUCCUGGGGAGAAGCUGGUGCCCGUGCUGAGUGCCCUCCACGAGGCCGUGGCCGAGGGGGUCGCGGGCGUUGAGGGGGGCAACCGGCCGGUGGACGGGAGGCCAGCGCCUUCCGUUGCCCGAGGGCCGGUUCACACCGAGCACGUGGACAAUUUCGUGGCGCUGGGCGCCGACGGCGAGGAGGGGCGCCGCAUGGCCACCGAGGUCGGCGAGGCGCUGACGGCCGACGGGCUUGGCGUGCACCCGGUGACCUGCAGCCGCGGGGGGGACACGCUCGGCUGGCACUUCGAUGAGUGGCGGCCGGCCGUAGGCGUCGCCCCUCGCACCGCCCGGCGCCUCAUCCUUGGCUUGCGAGAGUUACUGCGACGGGGUCGUGCGAGCGGCGCCCAGUUGAGAAGCAUCGUUGGUCACAUCAUGUGCCGCGUCUUGCUCCGACGACCCAUCCUUUCUGUACUUCACACUGUCUACGCUUUUAUCGAUCGUCAUCCUGUUCGGGUUGCGCCUCUCUGGGACACAGUAAAGCAGGAGCUGGAGUGGACAAGUCGCCUGGUGCCCCUGGCCUCGAGAGAGCUCAACAUGGAGUGGAGCCCCAAGGUCACCGUGUUCGACGCGAGCGAGUGGGGGCACGGGGUGAUGGAGCGGCGAUGCGAGCUCGGAGCGAUCAAGUAUGCUGGGCAGUACUCUGAUAGGUGGAGGUUCACAAA